AUGGAUACCUCCGGAAAAGUCCCCAUCAAAUUCGCUAAGGUGACUCGCGUUCUCGGCCGCACCGGUUCCCGAGGUGGUGUCACCCAGGUUCGCGUGGAGUUCAUGGACGACACAUCCAGAAGCAUCAUCCGAAACGUUAAGGGCCCAGUAAAAGUCGAUGAUAUCCUCUGUCUACUCGAGUCUGAGAGAGAAGCCCGCAGGUUGAGAUAA